CCGAUAGCGAAGGAGGUAAGCUUUGCAACUUCAAGACGCAAAAGAGGUUUUAUAUUAAAUUGUUGGUUUAUUUAGGAAAAAAUUGCACCACACAAGUGCAGCGGCUAUGCGAACAGAUGGAUGUCCAAUGUGACUUCAACGGGCCGGAGGAAGACUACGUCCGAGAGCCACGGGGAUGUCAUUCGAUGUCGUGCUACGAGAAACAUCAUGGGCAUGAUGCUGAGGGCUACGAUGGCUAUCAUGACGGUGAAGGGUACGGGUAUGAUGAUGAGGGCCAUGGACACGGAGGAAAGCACCUGAUAUGCUGCAAGGACAAAAAGCACAAGGAGAAGAAACACAAGCACAAAAAGCACAAAAAGUUCCACGACAAGCACAUGAAGUUCCACGUUGUGAUUAAAGGAAAGAUUCCCGAAUCAUCCUGUCACGGGGGUCACGAAGACGAAGGACACUACGGAGGUUACGAGGAGCAUGAGGGAUACCGUGCGGCAAGGCCCGAUAAGCUCCCGAUGAACCCUGCUCACGCACCGAUGGAUGUUUCCGUAUGGACGAAUCGUCAAAAGCUUGGCAAAAAGCAUCCCAUCCGGAAGCCUUUCCACCAGCAGCAACAUCAUCAGCCGCCUCCACCGCACUAUGCACCUGCCUAUCCUCCGCCGUACCCGUCAGAGCCUAGAGGGAAAUCAGCUGAACCACCAUCUUCGGGUCCAAGACCGGAGCCAAUGCCAGAACCGAUGCAUGCUCCACAAGAUGACCAACCACCAGCUCCCCCACAAAAACCUUCUGCACCUCAACCUCCACCACCACCACCACCACCACAACCAGAACCGGAAUCGCCACCAGUGACGCCCUUCCCGGAACGUCCUUUAACUCCUCCACCGAAUCUGUACGAUGGAGCUCCGAUUGGACCGAAGAAGCUUCCACAGGAACCUCCUAAGGCUCACAAAUUUUCACCCCCUCCACCACCACCACCGUCAUCCCACUUUUCACGACCAUCCCCACCCAUGAUCACCGUGGAUCCACCACCGAGACGCCACGAAUCAUCCCGAAGCUUCGCCAAACCGAGCAGCUACUCAAGCUGCCCGUUUGAUAGCUACGAUUUCAACUACUAUCAUCCUCCACCCAGCUAUCAUCUACCUCCACCACCACCACCACCACCACCAUCAUCCUACCGUUCGUACUCCUCCUCCUCGUACGACCCAUCCUAUCCCUCCAGUCACCCUCACCCUCACGCACAAUACGAAAACUCGAAACACUAUCCCGCUUACGAUGAGCCUGUUGAGUAUAGUACGUAUGAUGACAGUCGCGGCGAUAGCCGGGAAUACUACCCCGACGGGCACGGUGUGCAUCCACUGUCGGACAACGAAAUAGAGGACUGGCCCGAAUAUCCGCCUCGCUCACCGACUGACAUUUUCAUCUACAAUCAGAUCGUUUCGCGGCAGAUUAAGGAGGCCGAUACGGCCCGAAAGCACAUGACACCCCCGUUCCAGCCAACACCGCGCCCUCUGCGCGAUGAGUUUGAACCACCAACGGCCGAGGUUGGCCCGGUACUGUUCGAAUCGUUCGGUCCGCCGGAAAAGAACUAUGAGAUGUAUCCUGUACCAACACCGCUACCGGAUGCAUUUAUUCCACCUGUGCCACCGCCUGCCAUACCGGUCGAAUUCCCGCAGGCCGAGAACGGACCGGUCCUGUUUGAGCAAAACUCGGAAGAAGCGCUCUAUCCACAGCCGACACCACCGCCACACUAUUUGCUGGCGAAGGAAACCGGUAGCAUGAGCUCGUUCGGGUUCGAGGAGUUCCAGCCAACGCACUGGGAACCGUCCGCGCCGGCGGGGUAUGGUCGAAGUGCUGCCGGGCAGAGUCACUAUCGAGCAGCGUCUAGUCGUAGCAGUGCGCAGCAUAGUAGGAGAAAUUACUGA